AAAUCAAUUUACGGCAUCGGUCGUCUGGAGCCUGCAAUGAAAAGCCGCUGCUAUUUCCUAAGCUUGUGUUAUUCUGUGUGUGCACAAGGUAGUGCCUCCGCCUCUGCGCUGCAGAAUGGACCCUGUGGUCUUGAGCUACCAGGACAGUCUUCUCAGGCGCUCAGACGUGGCCUUGCUGCAGGGGCCGCACUGGCUGAACGACCAGGUGAUUGGCUUCGCCUUUGAGUACUUUGCCACAGAGCGCUUCGAAAGCCUGAAUGGGGCAGCCUGCUUCAUUAGUCCCGAAGUCACGCAGUUCAUCAAGUGCGCCACGAGCCAGGAGGAGCUGGCACUCUUCCUGGAGCCCCUGGGCCUACCCGCCCGCCGCCUGGUCUUCCUGGCCGUCAACGACAACUCCCACCAGACGGCCGGUGGAUCGCACUGGAGCCUGCUGCUGUUCCGGCGUGCGGGGGCCCGAUUCUCACACUACGACUCACAGAGCGGCAGCAACUCCCUGCACGCCCGCCGCAUCGCCGGCAAGCUGGAGUCCUUUCUCGGGGCUGACAGGAGAGCGGCAUUCGUUGAGGAGCUAGCUCCCGCGCAGCAGAACAGCUACGACUGCGGCAUGUACGUCAUCUGCAACGCCGAGGCUCUGUGUGAGAGCGCCGGGCAGGAGGGCGGCCCGCAGGCCCUCACGCAGACCAUCACACCAGCGUACAUUACAUGCAAGCGGGCUGAGUGGUGCGAGCUGAUACAGAGACUCUCCCGUCUGAAAAAGUGACCUGUCGAGGCCAGCCUCCUCUCUUAAAUAUGCUAGCAUGAGUGUUUGAGACAGGAGCACAUAUACUAAGAACUAUGGUAACUAAACAUACUAGGUGGUAAUGGCAUUGCUAACUACUACAUAUUUUUUACUCAUGAUCUACUAAAGUAAUAUGAAAAUGUAUCUGACAGACUGUAUAAGUAGCUAUAAAAAAUGACUCUCAUAAAUGGCAACAUUCUCUGCCAAAGCCAAGAGUACCUGAAAGAGAAAGUCUGCCUGUCAUUCAUCCAUAGAUUUAGAAUUUUAUUUAUUUACAAAUGUGUGCAAGAAGGGUAAACUUGUACUUUUAUUGAUGAGUCUUCAGACAUCUGCAUAGGAGAUUAUAUGUAGUUUCAAGCAAAGCAGGUUUCUGAGGUAUACCUUGUAAAUCUACCUAUUUUACAAUAUGCAUCCUAUUAAGUACUAUUUUUUGCCGAGCCAUAGCCCAUAUUGUUGAAAAUCAACGAAAGUGCAACAAACUGAGCCGGUGAACGGCCCCUUAUAUCAGAAAAUUAUGUAUUUUGCAAUGCUUAUGGGUGGAAUUUAACUCAUUUUAGCUUACCUGCCAAAAUCAGUGGUUAUAAUUUAUAUAAUGGACAGUAUGACUAGCACACAUUCGAUUUGAUCAAAAACACCCAUUUGAUUUGUGCAUUUUGUAGAGCACAAGAUAUCUGAAAUUUGGCAUCAACUUUAACCAGACAGCUAGCUUGUCAUUUGCAUUAGUUAUGACUUACUGACUAUUGCUGCUGUUUCCGUCAGCAAGCAGCACAACAUGAGAGUGGCUUGGUUGGGUGAAAACGGGGGAUUCCAAAUAUGCCAUUUUGUUUUAAGCCGACGACGUACUUUGUGUUUACAAAGUGUUUUUGCUCAGGGUUGUUUCUGAAAAAUGAAAGUGCAUAAGGAAUGUCAUUCUGGGGAACUCGUAUUGGUGGUUAGGGUGACAUUCUUAGACUUCCAGUGCCUUGGAAGUCUAGCUGAUGCUAUUUUAGGCAGCCUUACUUUAUUCAUCAGACCAACUGCGCUGGAGAAGAGCAUGAGGGACGACCAGCAACAAGACAGAUGGACUCUCAAAAAAAAAAAAAAAAAAAAAGCCAGAAGACCCAAACAGAACAUUCUGGAGAACUGGCAUUUAUGCUUGGAGCAGAUAAGCAAACAGCCCAUCGUCAGCCCUUCAUCCCUUCCGACGCAUUUGACCCCCACAUGCUGAACUGGCCUUGUUUCCAAGGGGGGCGUCAGUGUCUGAGGGUGUCCAUCAGUGGUCCAUUUUGGCCCCCGGGGUUUAACCUGACAGCCUUGAAAACUGAAACAUCAGCAGUGCUGCUGGGAUUUUAGUCUGGGGGAAAUGUCUGCAGGAAGUGUUUUACGUGACUUCAAAAAGCUUUACAUGAGUGGAUUAGGCCUUCUUGCCCAGCAGAGUGUGUUUUUAAGUAAUAGAGUUUCCUCAGCUAUUUAACAUUUUGACAGCGGCUUCGAGUGCGACCUGCUGAUUUCUUGAUCUGUGUUCCAUUUUUGUGCUGUUGUAUAUUUUCUUUUUCAGUAAGGUAUGUCUUUACACCACUUCAUUCAUUAUUUAAAACAGUGUGAAAUAUGUUUAUUUUCAUCCUGGAUUGCAGAUGUUAAACAAAACUAAAGCACCCAUUAAUUGAGGGAAAAUGAGGUAUAAUUACAUUUGCAUGCGGGAGGGGCCCCGUGUUAAGCCCCCCCUCCAUCAGUGCGACAUGAUGCUACUCUCCUCCCUCCGCGGUGCUAAUGCUGUAGGAAUUCUGAGUGAUGGCAGUGUUCCUCGAGAGCGUCUCCACUCUCUAGCAGAUGGAGACGGAAUGCGGAAUGGAGACGGGAAAGCAGCCCCCCGCCGCUGCGCCGUGACCAUUUUGGUUAAUAGCACCAGAGCCAGACUCCUGUGGGCCUUCAGUAUCCCUGCACGACUCGUUUAUCGGAUCGGUAAUCCUGAGAGCCUCGGUGCGUGUCCUGCACUGCAGCUACACUCCAGUACAGCCUGUGCAUACUACUGCUCAACUACCCCCCCAGAGCUUAUGCAGAGAGAGAUAUUUUUUUUUUUUUAAUAUAUAUAAUAUAUAUAUAAAAAACAUGCUGAUUUAUACUUCUGCAUGCCAUACACCAUAGCCUGUGCAGUACCCAGUGCCAUAACCUGUGCCAUGCCAUACACCAUAGCCUGUGCAGUACCCAGUGCCAUAACCUGUGCCAUGCCAUACACCAGGGGCGUUGCUAGAGAUUUUGGGCCCCAUGAAAGCAUAUCAUAUUAGGGCCCCCAGUCCAAACCAAUCCAGUUAUUUUCCUAAUUUUUUAGGGCCCCUGUCACUCAGGGGCCCUUGGAAUCGUCCUAGCUUUCCUCCCCCUUACGGCGCCCCUGCCAUACACCAUAGCCUGUAGCGUACCCAGCUACGCAGCUACCUAUGGGGUAGACUCUAUGCAGAAGUCUAAAUCAGCUUUUAGCUGUUCACCUCGAUGCGAGCUUGACGCAAAACAUGCCCCCCCGCCACCACAGCCUCAACCCUGGCUCUGGGUUCACCACCAUCCCAGCAUAAUCCUCUAGUCAGAAACACAUUUUAUCCCUGAAUUUUACCUCUAUCUUCAGAGGCACAAGGAUAAAUACGUAUUUCCUCGUCUGUGUAUUGUUCUUUAGACCAAGAGCAGCGUUUCGGUUUGAGUCUUCAGUAGCAGCACUGCAGAGGGCCUGCAGUGACCGUGUGGGGUCGACAUGAAAGAGGAGCCCUCAGGCUACAAAUACUGAUCCUCAUUAACUUGAUGUGACGGAUAUAGCUUUACAGAAUGACUUUUUAAAUAAAUUUGAGUCAGACGAA